GGCGUGCUACCUGGCGGCUUGCCGCGGCCACCCCUCCGUCGUCGGCUUGCACGGGACCCCCGCACCGGGCAGUGCAGCCUCGUCCUGGAGCACGGUCUGCGUGAUCGCUGUGGGCCGUUCUCGGAGGAGGAGAAGCGCCACGUCAUGCGGCAGGGCGGCGCCGGGAGAAUGCACGAGAGCGGCAUCGUCCACAGGGACAUCAAGCCCGGGAACAUCCUCGUCGGCGGCGAGGGCGUGGUGAAGAUAUGUGAACUCGGUCUGGCCAUUUCCAUGGCGAGCGCGACGCCGCCGCGCCGUCAGGCCGGCACGCUCUGGUACAUGGCUCCCGAGAUGCUCCUGGGGAAGCCGGACUACGACGAGCUCGUGGACGCCUGGUCGCUCGGCUGCGUCAUGGCGGAGCUGUUCGCCGGCGAGCCAUUGUUCCCUGGCCACAGCGCGACCGACCAGCUCCUGAGAAUCUACCGCGUGCUCGGUGUUAGCCAUAAGCCAUGUGGGUGUGUGUACGGUCGUGGCGCGUGUGUGCGCGUGUGUGCGGGUGCGUGCGUAUGGGCGUGCGUGAGUUCAGUUAGCUGUCAGCGAGUCAGUUAGCUGCAGCCGUCCUUCGCGUUAGAGCACUUCAUGCGGACGGGCGAAGUGUGCGGAUCGUGAGCUGAGUGGUGUGUGUGCGUCGGCAAGGUGGGCAACGUGCGUGCGUGCGCAUGUGUCUUUGCCCCGUAUAAGAACCCCUGUGUACUGCUCGUUGGAGUACUGUGAGUUCAAAGAGAAAGGAGUCGGGCGUUCGAGCGCCCGCGGCGGCGCUCCGUGCGCCGGCCGGCAAAACUUCCCGUGUCUCUACUCCAGUGGUCGUCUCCCACCUUCUGUUCUUGUUCGUGCGAGGGCAGAGGUCCAAGAGAGAGAGGGUGCAGCCUGAGGCUGCAACAGCACUCGGCACGUGUAUGGCAUCCACGCCGCUCGCCCCCACGGGGCAGAAGCUGCUGGCCCACCGAGGCGGCAGCCGGCUUCGUGAGUUGUUCCCCGAGGAGCGCCCGUCGCGCGACGGCUUCGAGGUAUUAGAGGGGCUCCUCACGUGCAACCCCGGUGAGCGUCUGUCAGCGGCCCAUGGUUUGCUGGCACCGCCGACGUCCCAGCUUCAGCCGCGUAGGAUGCGUGCUCGACCACCAUUCUAUCUCAUCACUUGGGAAUGCAUUUCCAUUCCUCCAAUGUACAAAGAUGAUUUCUUUUGGGACUGUGUGUUCUUCUGGUGCCUGAAAA